GCCCGCAAUCAUUUCUCCAGCUCCUCCAGCCGCGUCGACACACCUCCUCCUCACUCCCACACGCCCCGACACAGUCGCACCUCUGCAGCCCGCCCGCGAGCACCCUCUCCCCCAGCAAACCCCCGCGACACCCACGCCCAGCUACCAUGGCUGAUUCCCUCACCGAGGAGCAAGUCUCCGAGUUCAAGGAGGCCUUCUCCCUGUUUGACAAGGAUGGCGAUGGUCAGAUCACCACCAAGGAGCUCGGCACCGUCAUGCGCUCGCUCGGCCAGAACCCCAGCGAGUCUGAGCUCCAGGACAUGAUCAACGAGGUCGAUGCCGACAACAACGGCACCAUCGACUUCCCUGAAUUCCUCACCAUGAUGGCCCGCAAGAUGAAGGACACCGACUCCGAGGAGGAGAUCCGAGAAGCCUUCAAGGUCUUCGACCGCGACAACAACGGCUUCAUCUCCGCCGCCGAGCUGCGCCACGUCAUGACCUCCAUUGGCGAGAAGCUGACCGACGACGAGGUCGACGAGAUGAUCAGGGAGGCUGACCAGGACGGUGACGGGCGAAUUGACUACAACGAGUUCGUCCAGCUCAUGAUGCAAAAGUAAGCUGUCAGGGUACUUUGGAUGAUUGGCAUUUGGGCACGGUGAAACGGAUGAAUUCCUGCAAUGAGUAACGGAACGGUCUUCUUGUCGAG